GAUUGAUGGCGAUGAUAAGAGAACAAAGUAGUUUAGAAGGAUGGGCAAAAGUUGCUGACGAUGCAUUGCGAGAAUGGCACGAGGAUGUAGAAGCUAUUGAUGUAUCGACGAAUGAGAACGAUUCAGAAGCCGAGAUCAAUAUCAGCAAAAAUAUAGAUGAUUGCUUGUUAAUGAUCAAUAACGACAGCAAAUGUGACGAAACUGAUAUACAUACAUCAGACAAGUCCGAUGACACGAAAGUCGUAGCGAAAAGCAUACAAAACAGUAUUUCGAGAAGUUCUGUGACAAUUAGAGAUCAUCGUUCGCCAUUGACUAUCCUUGAGGAGUACGCAAAGCGAUGUAAAGUGCCGAUCAAAUACGAGUACAAAUCAAAGCCAAAUUUGUACGUGAUAAACGGCGACCUGUGUGGGUUUCGUGCAAUGUCUUGUGCCGAGACGCAAGAUCAAGCAAAAAAUGAAUUGGCGACAAAGAUAUUGUGGAUGGUAGCCGAACAUCAAAUGGAUGGCUCAAAACUUUCGUCGUCUAUCUGCGGAUUAUUGGAUCUCUCGAGAGAGGAAAUGUUGGAGAUAAUCGCAUUUAAUAAAGACGAGUUGAAGAACGCAUCGCAAAAGCUCUAUAAAUUUUGUCUCGAGAGAGGAGUACCUACUCCAGAGUAUUCCAUUCGCAAUAUAAAAACAACUCAAGGCUUUAUGUAUGUAGCUGAAUGCGCGGCUUUAGCGCAUGUCGGAGUUGGACAAGGCCUAAGAAAAGAUAGUGCAAAGAUUGCAGCUGCUGAAAAUUUGUAUCCAAAAUGCACUCAUGAAGUGGAACAACAAAUAUAAAAAUAUCGUAUUUGUCAAAAAGUCAAAACUCGAUAAAUUCAAACUCAAGCUCUAGGAUGGAGCCAAGGAUCUUCGUCCGCAACAAGCCAACGUUCCGGCACAUUCAAAUCUAGUGGCAGAAUCGUGUUUAUCGCAUAGGCACGGCGUGAGUGUUUAGAACGAGUGGGGUGCUGUUUCGCAUCGUCCGGCCGUGAGUGUUUCCCGUGCGAAGAUUGCUGCAUCGUCGCGAACCUAAUGUCAGGCAUAGCGAUCGCCAGGCUCGCCGAGGAGCGAAAAGCAUGGAGGAAGGAUCACCCGUUCGGCUUUGUCGCCAGACCAACAAAGAAUCCAGAUGGUACUCUUAACUUGAUGAGUUGGGAAUGUGCAAUACCAGGGAAAAAAUCUACUCCCUGGGAAGGUGGAUUGUACAAGCUGCGCAUGAUCUUCAAAGACGACUAUCCAUCGAGUCCACCAAAAUGUAAGUUCGAACCUCCUCUGUUCCACCCAAAUGUUUAUCCUUCUGGUACCGUCUGCUUGUCGCUUUUGGACGAAGAAAAGGAUUGGCGACCAGCUAUCACGAUCAAGCAGAUCCUCCUUGGCAUACAGGACUUGUUAAACGAGCCAAAUGUAAAAGAUCCUGCCCAAGCCGAAGCAUACACAAUAUAUUGCCAAAAUCGUUUGGAAUACGAGAAGCGUGUUAAAGCUCAAGCCAGAGCGAUGGCUCCGCAAGAAUAAACAUUGAACAUCAAACCGAAACUUGAAACGUGAAAAGAUGUAUGUGGAUUUCUUUAUCCGAGCUGAUUAAUUGUUUUUACAAUUAAUGUUUUUUUUACGAGUCAAAUUAACAUGUGACGAAUUAGUUUAUACUUUUAUGGCUUCUCCACGAGAUAUUCCUUUUAUAACAUGUACUUCAUAUAUAUUUCUCCAAACUUCAAAAUAGAAUACAUCGUACUAACAAGAACUAUCACGUAUAAAUUCUUUCAUGCGUUCUCUUAUUAGAUAUCACGUUGCAUAAACUAUGAAAUAUGUACUUUAAGGCAGAAUUAUUUUUCGAUCUAAACUUUAAUUUGUAAACCGUAAUUAAUAAUGUUACUUAUAAUAACUAUAAAGUGGAGAUAAAGGAGGUAAUACUAUAGAAGCAACUAUAUGUUAAGUAAGUGUCUUUCUUCAAGUUCUCUUCUAUCCUUAAAUACAACAGUACGUGUAGGUAGACUUAUUUAAAAAUCUGCUAUGUAUACAUAUAAGUAAUGUACAAA